CCUUACUCUGCAUAUUGGCUCAAUCCUUCGGAGUCGCAGAUACAUAUUUAAGUCAACAUGGCUGUCGGAAAGAACAAGCGUCUCUCUAAGGGAAAGAAGGGUCUCAAGAAGAAGACCAUCGACCCCUUCGCCCGCAAGGAGUGGUACGACAUUAAGGCCCCCAGCUUCUUCGAGAUCCGCAACAUUGGCAAGACCCUCGUCAACCGCACCCAGGGCCUGAAGAACGCCAACGAUGCCCUCAAGGGCCGUGUUGUCGAACUGUCGCUCUGUGAUCUCAACAAGAACCAGGAUGACUCUUUCCGCAAGAUCCGCCUCCAGGUUCAGGAGAUCCAGGGCAAGAGCUGCCUCACCAACUUCUACGGCAUGGACUUCACCACCGACAAGCUCCGCUCCCUCGUCAAGAAGUGGCAGUCCCUCAUUGAGGCUCACGUUGACGUCAAGACCACCGACGGCUACCUGAUCCGCCUCUUUGCCAUUGCCUUCACCAAGCGCCGCCCCAACCAGCAGCGCAAGACCACCUACGCUACCCACGCCCAGAUCCGCCAGAUUCGCCAGAAGAUGUUCGAGAUCAUGACCCGCGAGGCCUCCUCGUGCGACCUGAAGGAGCUCGUCCAGAAGUUCGUUCCCGAGGUCAUUGGCAAGGAGAUCGAGAAGGCCACCCAGGGCAUCUACCCUCUCCAGAACGUCUACGUUCGCAAGGCCAAGAUCCUCAAGUCCCCCAAGUUCGACAUUGGCAAGCUCAUUGAGCUCCACGGCGAUCUCAGCUCUGACACUGGAGCCAAGGUCUCCAAGGGUGACUUUGUUGAGCCCGCCAUCCUCGCCGAGGUCUAAGGAGCGACAUGCAUCUGUAUGUAUCAGUGACCAAUACAUUGUUUCGAUAUGAAGAUCUAGCGACCCAAUGCUUCUGUCGACACCAUGCCGAGCUAUAUAUUUCUCGAUAUCCACUGUCAA